AAAAACAAAAAAAAAACAACUCACACGAAGCAAAGACUAUCAAGAAAUCAAUCAGAGGACAUAGAUGAUGUCGUCUCCAGCUGAAGCAGAGGAUGAUGACAUGGAGGAAGUGGAGUUUGUAUCUGAAGGACCUUUAAGACCAGUACAAGAAUGUAUUGAUCUUCUAAGUGACAGUGAAGAUGACCAAGGUUCGCCAAUGUUGGUCACGCUUGAUGAUGAAAUAAGCCGUCACAAAGAUCAUGUGGCAUCCACAUUGGACAAACUUGCACAGCAGGUUGCACUGGAAAAAGAAGAGAGAGCAAAUAAAUGUAGAGCUUUUAAGGAAAAGCAGAUUUUACAGAGAGCUCACGGGCAGCGGGAGCUUGCUUUUAGUUCAUCAAAUGGAAUGAGUCAAGAGGCCAAGCGGUGCGUCGACAUGUGGCUGAAAAUGCCAGGUGCAAAACCCGGAGUGAUUGGUGCUGAUUUUAGAAGGAGACAAAUGUCUGCUCCCUUCCCAAGAAUAAAUCCAACAAAACAGACUUGUCCUGUGAUCAACUGUGGGAGAACCUAUGAAAAUCCAUCCCUGCUCGAUGGUCACUUAAAGAGGUUUGACCAUUCACCUUGUGACCCAACUAUUCAUCUAAAAGGGAAUUCUUCUGAAAUAUUUGCCUGUGUGUCCUGUGGUCAACAUUUUCAAACUGAUGAAGCAUGGAGAAAACACAUGGAGUCUAAGAUUGCCUCAGAAAAUCCCGAUGGUCACCGCCUCAGUCAGACAUAUCAACGCAUUGUGUGUUUUGCUUGUCCUGCCUGUUAUCUCCUCUUCCAUGUCCGGGAUGAGUGUCUCCAGCACAUGUCAGCUAAAAAUCACUUCACAGAAUCCCUUGUGAUGAGUGAACCAAGAGGGAGGGCUGUGCCUGUUCCUGUUCCUCAGUAUGCCAGGAAUCGUCUGAUUGCUUUGUGCAAGGACACAACUUUCAAUGUACGAUGCUCUUUAUGUCACAAAGUACUAGUCUCACACCAAGUUGCCCAGGCUCAUUUUAACGUGCAUUGCAGACAGGGCUGUGCUGUGGCCAAAGCUGACAACACAAUAGUAGAGAUAGUCAAACAGCUGCAGGUGAAGGGCCAGUGCUCUGUGUGCUGUAAGAUCUUCCUGAGCCGUCAUGAAAUGCAGAAACACCAUGAGCUAACACAGCACAAUGUAGAGCUCAUCCACACUAUGGAAAAAGCACUUCUAGAGUUCAGCAGGUUUCAUGAACUUCAACAAAAGCAGAGAAUUAAAGAUAAGAAGCAGAAAAGGAAGUCUGAACAUCCUGCACAUUUUCAGAAGAAACAUCGAGCGACUGACUUUGAUGAGUUCCCCACUAAAAGGCAGCGUCUCAGCCCGGUGGAGAACGGUUGCCCCAGCAGACCCUCCACUGUAGCUUUUUUCUGUGAGUGUGGCCUACAGUUCUUUGAAGAAACCAAUGCCUCCAAGCAUCUUUUGGCUGUGAACCAGAUCUUCCAUCAGUGUGGAGUUUGUGGUAAGCACAUGGGCGAAUCCUCCAUUGCUCGUCUGCACAUGAGUCGCUUUCAUGGAGGAGCACAUCUCUCUAACAUCGUCUACUUUUGUCGGAGGUGUAAUGUGGAAAUGCCUCGACAGGAAGAUAUUCUGUCACACGUGUCAGAGGCCCAUAUUGGACACACGUAUUACACGGAGAAAGAAGUGCCCAAAGAGGACCUCACAGUGGAUGAUGCCAAACCAUCCACCAGCAGCUUUAAACCUGUGCUUCAACAGAACACAGAACUGGCCAAAGCCACCCCCAAACCAAAGAGCUGGAUGUGCAGGAUGUGUGAGGACAUCUUUGAUUCAGAGGCAGCAGUUCAGAAGCACUGCAGUGACGUGAAUGCACACAGCUUUCAGAGGUUCAUCUGUGGCCAUUGUCCUCAGAAGUUUUUCAAAGAUUCCACAGUGCGCAGACACUGUGUGAAUGAACAUAAUGGAGACAUACAGAGCUCCCACUUCUGUGGCCUGUGUGACAGCAUGCACUUUGAGUCUGAAGGAGAGUUCCUGGAGCACUAUAAACACCUCCAUAGCCGUGAUUACUACUGUAUGGAUGACAAUGAUGUGGUUCAGCCUAGUGUCCCUAGUGCGAGCACAUCUGUAGACAACUGCCCGUGCAUGGGCUCUGAGACCCGCACAGAUGACAUGAAAACUGCUUAUACUCAGUGCAUGAGAAGUUUGGCUGCAGAGGGAAAAUGCCAGUAUGUGUGUAACCCAUGUGGUGUAGGAUAUUCUGCCUAUGCACAUAUUAAGACACAUGUCCACACAACACACACUGCCUUGAAGCUUCCCAAAACUUUUGACAUAGAGUGUAAAGUUUGUCCAGAGAGAUUUCUGGAUAUACCAACUUUCCAUAAACACCAUCACAACCAGCACUGCUCAUAUGAGCCCUGCAGGAGCUCCAGGAUGUGCUCAAGCCCAGUUAAGACGGAACCCAAUGCUGUGAAAGUGCUUGAUGCAGUGGAAAUUAAACCAGAGAGCAGUGACAUUGGUGAUGAAACACUUGCUUUGAUGGAAAUAAACAAGCAAGACAAAGAAUCCAGUGAAAAUGUGGCAGAUGAAUCUGAUGAAGAGCUGAACCGCACUUUGACUUUAAGCAUUGAGGAAGCCAGACAGGAAGAGGCCAGGGAAUCAGCCGAGUUUGAAGAGGCCCUUCAAAGAAGUAUGCUUGACUUCUAAAUUGACUAAUGAUGGUUGAUUUAAAUAUUCACAUGUUCAAGUGUUCUAUCACAGUUGUGUUUGGAAAGUGUUCAAUAAAUGUAUUAUGUUUUAAUA